CUUCCUGUGCCCUGAUCUGUAGGAUUUGUAGGUAUGACAACACCUCUGACUUUGUGAGAGCGGCAUGUGAAGAUGAGCUUAGAAUAGCUCCAGAGUCAAAGCACUCCAUUGUUGCGCCAUGGAAGCCAUGGAAGAAGAUGAGGAAGAUGAGGAGGAAGAGGGUGAAGAGGAGGCAGACGAGGCAGAGGAAAAAGAUUAUGAAGAAGAUGAUGUAGAUAAAGAUGCAGAGGAAGAAGAUGAAAACGUGGAAGAUGAAGCGUCCAUUGACUCAGCGGUCGAGAAAAAGAGAGAGAAGGAAAAGAAAGAGAAGAAAGAAAAGAAGGACAAGAAGGAGAAGAAAGAAAAGAAGGACAAGAAGGAGAAGAAAGGAAAGAAGGACAAGAAGGAGAAGAAAGGAAAGAAGGACAAGAAGGAGAAGAAAGGAAAGAAGGACAAGAAGGAGAUGAAGGAGAAGAAUGAGGAGAACAAGAAGGAGAAGCCUGAGGACCCUUCGGAUUCUGAUGAUUCUGACGGUUCAGACUUAGUCUUGGAGUCCCAGCAGAUUCAGUUGGUCCCAAAGCGCUUCUUCAGGCGCCCUGGGCCUUCGCAACAGCUGCCCUUUGAGGUCAGCGCAACCUCCUCCUUCACGGCUCUGACCGAGAAACCAUCCGUGCCCACAGUGGAGAAUGACGAAAAGGAUGACUUUCGACGGAACGAGUAUCCAGAGAGAUGCGAAGCCAAAGCCGAUGGAUUGCUUCUCGACUUUUGCCGCUUCAUUCGUCUCCAAGCUGCCCAAGACGCCUGGCUCAGGCGACUCACGCGACAGCACACCAUGGCAUUCUUAGGUCGCAGUUUGGUGGAUCUUGAUUUCAGUCGGGAAGGUGAUGGCGAGCAGCAGUUCUGCACUCCGUUCUUUGCGCGCCCUGGGGGUUCCCUGCACCUGGGUGCCUGUUACUCAGUGGUACCCGAAAAUCCUGGCCAUAAGGACAGCAAACUACUGGAGUUCUGUGAGAUUCUGGAGAAGUCGGGAAUGGCUUCCUGGUUGGAUGACCUUCAAGGUGGCGAAAAGAAGAUCGGAACUGACAGAGCCAGAGGCGUGAAGACACGCUUCAAGGAGGAAAUCCGAAAGGAUAUCAUCAAGACACUCUACUCCAACAAGGAAGCCACGGAUUACUUGCAGAAACCUGAGAAAGACGAGAAAGAUGAGAUUUCGAUCCUUCGGACAGCUUGGUGGGAGUUUCAGAUCUUCCGGCUCCAGCAACCUCCGAAACAACCUGAGAUCGUAGAAUUUUUGGAAGUUCAUGGCUCAAAAUCUUCUGGCGACCUUCGGGAAGAGCUGAGCAGUUUGAAUCAAAUUGUCACCGUGCAAGCCCAACGUCGUGAGUCCUUCGUGCGGCAGAUGAUGGCGGUGACGCCAGAGUUGGAAGGGUCAGAAUGGCAUCAGCUCUUGGCCAGGUUGAUGUUGUCACUCCAUUCCGACCUGGAGCUUUUCAUCCAAGUUCAGUUGCCCUUCUUGGCCUCGGAUGCGGCUGACCCGGACACGCAACAUCGAAAGACUGCAGCGAUAGCCUACCGAGUUCCUCACGAACACCGUGACCAUAGUCCACCUUUCGACCUGUGGGACGCUACAAGGAGUUUUCUGACGGUGGUCCACAGCAUGAAGGGGGAAGAGUUGGCGCCUGUUGAGCACAUCGUCCAAACGUUGCAAGAGAAAACCCGCCGCGUGGUGGAGUUGGCACCAAAGAUUUGGAAAGUGAUGCGCUCUGAGGACAACGAAAUUUCGCAAAGGUGGAAAAAACUUGUGGACAUGAUCUUGGAAUACCAGGAAAGCUUUCACUUUGCUUGUGAAGUCCAAGAGCUGCAAUCGAUUCUGGGCGCUCUGCUUGCAGGGUAUCCUGAAACCUUGAAGCAGGGAAGCAAGGAACCCGAGCUGGUGAGGAAUGGCGAGGUGUCAGAGGAGGAACUGAAGACAUGUUUGAAGAGUCUCCUGAGACGCGAAGACUUUUCCGUCCCCUGUGAUCUACCUGCCUCACCGGCCAAGGCGGCGGCGUUUGCCGCAUCCGGAGCAGUUGCUAGCAGGUCUAGAGCUGAAAGUCGUGAAGACAGUCAGGAUCUGGACUUGGUCAACGCAACAGUUGCUGAAUUGCUCGAAAAGCUUCAGGUCAAAUUGCGUGGGGAGCAACAGGGAGGUAAAGAGCCCUCUGCCAGAUUCCUCCUGGAAGGUGAAAUUCCACACCUGCAAGAUCUAUUGACUUUGUGCGAAGAUUUUAUUCGAUGGCAAUGUUUCGUGAAGCACAGGAAAGGUGACAAUCCGGAACUGCAGGAACCCUUUUGCAGCUUCCAACACUUUCCUGCUCACGUGAGACAGGUCUUGCAGAAAGUGGAUUUCAAAGGUUUCGAAGAGAUGCCAGAGAUUCCGCAGAGAUGGGCCGAUGUGCUGCUUCAAUGCCUGAAACCUCUUCAGGUACCAUUUGAUGCUGAGCCCUUCUCAGAUUUGCUGGAGGACCUACAGAAGGAACAAUUUUCAAACACUGGCAACUGGAGAGGUGAAGUCUUUGCGCGUCAGGCGCCUGAUCUGAUUAACAAAGACGCUUCGGAUGAGGACGACUGGCGACGGGCUCUUAGAUCUUCAAGCCGUUUCCAAUUCACCAGCCGACGUGCAGAGCAUGUCCGUGAGUGGAACGAAACGUCCACGGGCAAACUCGACCCCAGCGCUUUUGGCUACCCACAGGAUGCACAGAUGACCUACAACAACAGAAUUGCGCUGAUGAGGCGUCUUUUGAAGUCUGACUCAGAAGAAGAAAAUGAAGGUGAUGAUCACAUCGAUGGUGAACAAGAAUCUCCAAAGAUUAGUUUCAAAGCUGAAGCCGCUGAAGCCAUGGAUGCUGCCGAAAGCCCAGAGGAUAUGAUCCCACUUCCACAAGCGAAGAUGGAGUUGGACCAGCCGGACCGAAGAGAUGUGGAUUGAAAAGAUUGCGAAAACAUGUCAGACCUUUGAGUUUAAU